GCUGCAUUUUUCACCAUGUCGUCCUGGAAAAAGGCUUCGAAAAGUAAUCAGAAGGUGCAUCGCGAACGUCAUCAGCCCGAGGCGCGCAAGCAUCUCGGCCUGCUCGAGAAGAAGAAAGACUACAAGAAACGCGCCAAUGAUGCUCAGCGCAAGGAGAAGACCCUGAAGCUGCUCCACAAGCGGGCCCUCAACAAGAAUCCCGAUGAGUUCUAUCACCACAUGAUCAACUCCAAGCUAACGGAUGAUGUGCACCACGAAAAGGAGGCCAAGGAUGAGCACACGCCCGAGCAGUUGGCCCUCAUGCAGACCCAGGAUCUCAAGUACGUGCUGAUGAAGCUAACUGUGGAGCGGCGCAAGCUGGAGCGGCUGCGCGCCACGCUCGUCGAUGUGGAUGCCGCGUCCGGGCAAAACAAGCGCUACACCUUCGACGAGCAGGGCCUCCCACGGCCAGCGGUAACGGCCACGUUGGGCGAGCGUCUCGAAUCGGCAGAUAAUCCCGACACGGGCAGCCGCACUCACAGGCAGCAGCUGCUCAGCGAGCUGAAGAAACGCGAGCAGCGCGAACGCGAGCUCAGCAUUGUUAAGCAGAAGCUGGAGAUGAAGCGCGCCAUUAAGCAGCCACGCCUACUCAAGCCCAAAAGGGUGCAGCCAGGCACCAAGGAGAGCGCGCCCGUCUAUGUGUUCCCCUACGAGCGCAAGAAAUGAAAUCUGCCAAAUCGAAAACAGCCUCUUAGUCCAUACAUAUAUAGAUAUAUAGAUAUUAUUUAAAAAGCAG